CUUGUCAUUAUCUUCUGCACUCUGCACAGGACUCCAUGCCCAGGAACUGCAGAUGCCCAACAGCAGCUCCAUCAGCCAGUUCCUCCUCCUGGCGUUGGCAGACACGCGGCAGCUGCAGCUCCUGCACUUCUGGCUCUUGCUGGGCAUCUACCUGGCUGCCCUCCUGGGCAACGGCCUCAUCAGCACAGCCGUAGCCUGCCACCACCGCCUGCACACCCCCAUGUACUUCUUCCUGCUCAACCUCGCCCUCCUCGACCUGGGCUGCAUCUCCACCACUCUCCCCAAAGCCAUGGCCAAUGCCCUCUGGGACACCAGGCACAUCUCCUACGCAGGAUGUGUUGCACAAGGCUUUUUCUUUCUCUUUUUCAUAUCAGCAGAGUAUUGCAUUCUCACCAUCAUGUCCUAUGACCGCUACGUUGCCAUCUGCAAGCCCCUGCACUACGGGACCUUGAUGGACAGCAGAGCUUGUGCCAGCAUGGCAGCAGCUGCCUGGGGCACUGGGUUUCUUUAUGCUCUGCUGCACACUGCCACUGCAUUUUCAAUACCAUUCUGCCAAGGCAAUGUUGUGGACCAGUUCUUCUGUGAAAUCGCCCAUAUCCUCAAGCUCUCCUGCUCAGAAUCAGACUACCUGAGGGAAACUGUGAAUAUCUAUUUAAGUCUUUGUUUAAUCUUUGGGUGCUUUGUAUUCAUUGUUGUGACCUAUCUUCAGAUCUUCAGGGCCGUGCUGAGGAUGCCCUCUAAGCAGGGACGGCACAAAGCCUUCUCCACGUGCCUUCCUCACCUGGCCGUUGUCUCCCUCUUUGUCAGUACUGCCAUGGUUGCCUAUCUGAAGCUCCCCUCAGUCUCCUCCUCUUUCCUGGACCUGGUGGUGUCAUUUCUGUACUUGGUGGUGCCUCCAGCAGUGAACCCCUUCUUCUAUGGCAUGAGGAACCAGGAGAUCAAGACUGCAGUGAGCAAUACAUACUUCUCCAGCAUCCAGAAGAUGCAUGCCAGCCUAAGAUGAGUCUCACAGUAAUUCAGAAAUUGUUAGAACAAUCUCUUGUUUCUAUUUUUCUUAUUAUUAUUAUUUUCACAGACAUGACUUCAAUUUAAAUCCGUUAUUCUUGGCAUGCUUCAUUUUUGUAGUGUUUUGACACUCUCAUCUCAUGUACCCAUAGAACAAGGAGCUCUGUUGAUAAGUACAAUAAGGAAGCCAGCAGAAAUUCAGUUGUCUGUGCUCCCAUGUUUUACCACCUCUGAAACUGGAGGAGUGACUCAUGUAGGCAGGAGUGGUGCAGGGUCCAGGAGCCCAGCUGCAACACAGAGCAGCAGCCUCACUGUCAUUGGGCUGCCCCUUAAUGCCCAGUGGUUCCAUCCUCUCUUUUGUGUUUGAGUCAUGGCCGCAGCUUCCCAGCUCCAAUGGCCACAGAGAGCAGCACGAUGUGGUCUUUGCAGUGCUGCUCUCUUCUCACUUCCAUCCCUCUUCCCCUUCCUCUCUACAUCCUUGUGGACACACGUGGACCAGGAAGGUGGCUCUGGACUUUUGCCACCCUCAGCCUCUCACACCAGCCAU